AAGUUCUAUGUGAACUUGAUUCCAGCAAUAGUCUUGCGAGACAUGGCUGCAGAGAUAACCAAGUUAGCAGAAUCCCAGUAUGAGACGGUAUAGUCGCCGAACUGUGGAAAGGCACGGUCACUUUCAAAGUUUUGAAACUGCUCUUUCGUAGUGCUACAAAGCUUCUGCUCUCGAUGACAGGCUCUGCAUAUGACCAAAGUACUGUGCAUCUCGGCAGCAUCCCCGAUCAUAAAGCUGUGUAUGGGAUCAUGAGCAGAGUCAUCUCUGAGACAAAUGAACCAGCUCUGCUCUCAUCAUCGGGUGUUGGUACGAUUCUGGUGUUGUCUAGCAAUCGCUGUCUCAGUACAAUGUCUUCUGCCUCCAUGGAAAGAUUCAAUCGUCCGCUCCCAACACCUCUCGCAAAGAUAUAAGUCUGACAGACCUUCUGCUUUCGUUUUUCUUCAAGCAUAUCUGCUUACACCACAACAAUGUCCUCGUUCACAGAUCUGGCCCCAGAGAUUCGCACAUCCGUGUAUAACAUCCUGCUUCGCGAUUCGCUCGCCAACAACCAAAGCAUCUUGUACUAUGGUCGCAACCCCUUGAGAGGCCAUCAACUGUCGCGGACGUCUGGUCGCUGCAAGCGGCAAUACACAUUGAACACUCUAGACCGCAUCACUUUUGUCCCUGAGGUCGAAGCCAGACGCGUUGUCCACUUGGAAAAUAUCGACGAUCUACUCAAUCUCGCGGCAACAUGUCGCUUACUCCACAGUGACAUCUUGGCCAUGGCCUGGUCAAAUGCAGAUAUUCACGUCGGGUCGGACACAUUGUUCAAGGACUUGACCUGCAUCUUCAGAGAUCGGCUGUCGACUGAGUGUUGCGCAUUCAUCCACACUCUUCGGCUUGACAUUGGCGAGAGACAGUGGUCGCUCUCUGCUGUGAACAAGACCGCUAGUCUCAUUACUAGUUGCCUGCCACAACUUCAAUCUCUCUUUCUGAUGAUCGACUGUCGAUGUGAUCUUCGAGGGCCCAGCGGCCUAAUGGCUUUGGCUGGUUUGCCUUCUCAGAUUACCGUCAUCUUUCGAUACUAUUGGGACUUCACUAGGCUGCCCGGAAGCCGUCCGACUUCUAAGACCAAAGAUUGGGCGGACUACAAGAAUGACAAGUCCUUUAGACAAUUGCUUGAUCGCCGGUCGAAGGGCCAUCGCCGUAGAAAGAUGCGAGAAGAGAAGGAGCUGAUGAAAGCGGCGGGCAGUGCUCUUCAAGAUACGGUCGAGUUGCGCGCUCUCAUCCAGAGUGGUCUUCCGGGACGAUGCGAAGCGUCUGGGCAGCUGCUCGCAGAUGAUUAUCUACUCGAGGAAUAAGUUUGAUGAGGAAGAGUGAGGAGCCGGACUUUCAAUAGGUGACAUGGACAAUCCUCGAGGAGUCACGCGUUUUUUUGAGGUCGGCAUCAGCGUCCGCAUAUCAAUGACGGCGGAUAUGAUAGAUGCAGUUUGAAAAAUCAAGACUAUGAUCGGUUUCGCUAGGGCAGACUAUACGAGAAUGAGAAUAGAUAUUGGAAAUCAAAUGAGCAAGCUC